UAACUUCCGCAAAUAGAUAUUACUGCGGCGCAUCUUGAAGCAAAGCAAUAUGGCAUGUUUCUGUAGCGUCAUGGGUAUGCUGCGUGGUUGAAUGUGGGCAUUCUUGGCGCUCUCCCAUACGUCAACCCCGGCGCAGCAUUUGUAUCUCCGCGCAGCUGGGCACCAUUCCUUCUGCACCCUCCGUCAUGACAAGCAAGUAUCCGGAGAUUCAAGGAGGCGGCUCCUUGAUUCUGGCAUGGCAGGUUCGAAAUAAAAAGAUUCUGGUUGUUGGCGGCGGUGAGGUCGCCGCCGGUCGAAUCGUCAACGUCCUCAAUGCCGACGCCAAAGUCACCGUUGUAUCCCCUCGCGCCGGCCUGAACGAUGAAGUCGCCUACCGAGUUGACCAGAAGCAAGUGGAGCACAUCGACCGCAAAUUCGAGCCCUCCGACCUCGAUGGCGUGGACAUGGUGCUGGCCGCCGUAGACGACCCCGAGGCCUCGACGCAGAUAUACAAGCUCUGCAAGGAGAAGCGGAUACCGGCAAACAUUGCCGACGUGCCGCCGGAAUGCGACUUUUACUUCGGCAGCGUGUACCGUGACGGGCCGCUCCAGAUUAUGGUCAGCACAAAUGGAAAUGGGCCGAAGAUGGCAAAUAUCGUCAAGAAACGGAUAGCAGCCAGCCUUCCCAGUAAUAUGGGGGCUGCCAUACAGAAGGUGGGCGCGCUGCGGAAGAAGCUGAGGAAGGUGGCUCCCUUGCCUGAAGAAGGUCCCAAAAGGAUGCAAUGGAUGUCGAAAGUUUGCGAAAAGUGGUCGCUGGAUGAGCUCUGCUCAAUGACAGACGAAGAUAUGGAUACGCUUCUCGAGUUCUACAAGCCUGGAACGGUUCCAACGCUGGCCGAAGUACGACUCUACGAGCCUGGGGGUGUCUACGAAGGACCUUUUUUGAUAUAAGUAUUGCAUAUCUGCAAGGAACUGGUAUAUAUGUGGAAGGUUGAUUCCCAUCUGUGUGGUAAGUUUUCAACCAAUUGGCGUUUGAGCGGUUGUCUAUAUGCCAUAUACCAAACUGCGCGCAUAUAAAUUGCUGCGCUUUCAAAGUAAGAAAUCUCGCUAUCAGUAAAUCCCACCUACAUAUCAAGCAACAUACUGGUACAUCGACAUCGCAGUUUGUUCUUGAGGCUCCGCAAAUACCAUAUGACGUCAGC